AUGGGGAAAUUGAUCAGGAUGGGGACGCAGGAGAGGCGGUUACUCUGGCCAAAGCGGCUUCACUGGAGUCGCCUCCUCUUCUUGUUAGGAAUGUUAAUCAUCGGUUCCACCUAUCAGCACCUGAGGAGACCCCGGGGCCUCCCCUCACUGUGGCCAUCGAUCUCUUCCCAACAGCCUGUAAAACUGGCCAGCCGGGAUCUCCCCAACGAUGAGAUGAUGAUGGUGAGUGGUGACCCUCCAAAAGCUGGCUCUGAAAUGGAGGGUGAGACGCUGGCACCCCAAGCCACAGUGGGCGGGGAUGAAACAACACCUAGCAUCAUAAUGGAGAAUACCCCCAGUACACCGAGAAGAACAACCAAGAUCACUCCAACAACACUCAAGAAUAAUUACAGCCCAACAGCAGCAGGUACAGAAAGAGUAAAGGAAAACACCCCAACCACACCCAGUAAAGUACAGAAUCACUACACCCCAACUUCAAGCAGACAAAUAGUAAAAAAUUAUACCCCAACACGCAAGAGAGAAAUGGAGAGCUACAGCCCAACUCAAGCCAGGGGAAAGGUGAAGAAGUACCCCCCAUCUCCACCUGGUGGAACAGUAGACACUUAUGCUCCGUUCACACUCACGACAGUGGAAACAAGCCAGGCCAUCACCCCCAGGACAACGGUGAAAGACGGUGAAACUACGGCAACCUAUAAAAUACUGGAGACCAACUCUCCCAAGAGCAUACUGGAGGAAACCACCCCAACUACUCUCAAGGGAAUAGUUGGUAACUCCCCAACAUUUCUGGAAAAUGAGGUAAAAACAAACAUCUUGACUUCUCCAAGGAGUAUAGUGGAGAAGAACACCCUGACUACCUCCAAAAGAGUGGAAAAUAACAGCUCAACCAAUCCUUGGAGGUCAGUGGGAAAGACCAACCUGACAACUCCCCAAGGAACAGUCCUGGAGCACACACCAGCCAUCUCUGAGGGGCAAGUGAUAACAAGCACCACGGCAGGCAGCAGCCCAGCAGAAACCAAAGCCUCUACUGAUGCCUGGAGUGUUAGGAAUCCCUUGCGCAAAACCAGCACACCAGCCAUCAGAACAGCCUCAGCCACCAUCUGGGGGCUGGCAAAGAAAUCUUCCAUAGUACCCAGCAUCUCAGCAACCCCCAUAGUCAAGGCAUACCCAAUAACCCAGGUUCGUCACUAUGUGGUUGUGGAGUCAGCCCCAGCUGUGCCCACCAUGCCCUCCUGGAGUCUGACAACAGCCCUGCUCCCAGAGGCACCCAGUCCCAGUCCCUCAGUGCUGCCCUCCAACCAGGCAGACUUCUACCCUAAGGGAGAGUACCCCGUGGACCUGUUCAGUGUGGAGGAGCGACAGCAGGGCUGGGUGGUUCUACAUAUCUUCGGCAUGAUGUACGUGUUUGUGGCCUUGGCCAUUGUGUGUGAUGAGUACUUCGUCCCGUCCCUGGGCGUCAUCACAGACAAGCUGCAGAUCUCGGAGGAUGUGGCAGGUGCCACAUUCAUGGCUGCUGGCGGCUCCGCCCCCGAGCUGUUCACCUCUCUCAUUGGCGUCUUCAUUUCCCACAGCAACGUGGGCAUCGGCACCAUUGUGGGCUCUGCUGUGUUCAAUAUCCUUUUUGUCAUCGGCACCUGUUCCCUCUUCUCCCGGGAGAUCCUCAACCUCACCUGGUGGCCCUUGUUCCGUGAUGUCACCUUCUACAUCUUUGACCUGAUAAUGCUCAUCCUCUUCUUCCUGGACAGCCUAAUUGCCUGGUGGGAGAGCCUACUGCUGCUGCUGGCCUAUAUCCUCUAUGUGUUCACCAUGAAGUGGAACAAGCAGAUCGAGCUCUGGGCGAAGGAGCAAAUCAGCAGGAGGCCAGUGGCCAAGGUCAUGGCCCUGGGGGACCUCAGCAAGCUGGGCAAUGGGGCCAUUGCAGUGGAUGAGCUCCAUGAUAACAAGAAGCUGAAACUCCCGUCCCUGCUGACCAGCGGGAGCAGCUCAGCCUCUCUGCACAACAGCACCACCCGCAGCACCAUCUACCAGCUCAUGCUCCGCAGCCUGGACCCUUUGGGGGAAGCCCACCCCUCCAAGGACAAGGAGGAGGAGAGCUUGGAUCAGGAGGCCACAGCACAAUCCCAGACCAAAGCAGAAAGCAAACUGGAAGAGGAGGAGCCAGCCCAGUUCCCUGCGGUCACAGUCACACCAACCCCUGCUCCAGAUGUCAAGGGAGAUCAAGAGGAGGAUCCUGGAGGUCAGGAAGAUGUGGCUGGAGCUGACGGCCCAGGUGAAGUGACAGGUGAAGAGGGUGUAGCUCCUGGUGCAGGUGACACUGGAGAGAACAGUGGAGGUGAAACUCAACCCAGAGGUACAGGUGAAAUUGAAGCAGAAGAAAAAAGUGACAAUGGAAAUGAAGGUGAACGGGAAAUCCAAGGAGAUGGUGAAAUGGAAGGUGAUGAAGGUGAAACUGAAGGCCAGGAAUCACAUGCUGAAAAUGAAGGUGAAGCCAAAAGUGAUGAGAAAGGCGUAGAUGGUGACGGGGGAGGUGAUGGAGGUGACAGUGACGAGGAGGAGGAGGAGGAAGAGGAGGAGGAAGAGGAUGACGAUGAAGAGGAGGAGGGGAAUGAGGAGCCUCUGUCUCUGGACUGGCCUGAGACCAGGCAGAAGCAGGCCAUUUACCUCUUCCUCCUGCCCAUCGUGCUCCCACUGUGGCUGACGGUGCCUGAUGUCCGGAGGCAGGAGUCUAGGAAGUUUUUUGUUAUCACCUUCCUGGGAUCCAUCGUGUGGAUAGCCAUGUUCUCAUACCUCAUGGUGUGGUGGGCUCACCAGGUUGGUGAAACAAUAGGCAUCUCUGAAGAGAUUAUGGGUUUAACAAUCCUAGCAGCAGGGACAUCAAUUCCUGACCUCAUCACCAGUGUGAUUGUCGCUCGGAAAGGCCUGGGAGACAUGGCUGUGUCAAGCUCUGUGGGCAGUAACAUAUUUGAUAUCACCGUGGGCUUGCCCGUUCCUUGGUUGCUCUUUUCUCUUAUCCAUGGAUUACGGCCUGUUCCAGUCAGCAGCAAUGGCUUGUUUUGUGCAAUUGUUUUGCUUUUUCUCAUGCUCCUGUUUGUGAUCUCUUCAAUUGCAUUGUGCAAAUGGAGAAUGAACAAGAUCCUGGGCUUCGUAAUGUUCCUCCUUUACUUUGUGUUCCUGAUAAUCAGUGUGUUGUUAGAAGAUCGAAUCAUAUCCUGUCCUGUAUCUGUCUGA